AUGGCAACCAGAACGCUCGAGGCUGGCUUUCAGCGUAUGUCAAUCACGGACGAGAAUGAGUCCGUUUACAAGUCCUCCAAGGUAAGGGCCAAACCCACUGUCACUUUAUUGUCCUCGAUGCUCUCCGAUACUCACACUGCUGCCACCCGACUGCAGCUCGCUCAGUCCAGCAACCGACCGAACCUCUUCAAGGUCGCCCUACAAUCCCAAAGCACCAACACCGUCGCUACUAAGGACAAAACCAGCUCCGCCAGUUCCUCCUCCUCAUCCUCCCGCCCGUCCGAUGAGUCCGAGAGCGAGCGGCACUCCCAGACUGUCACGCUCCUCGACGAGCCCCGGACAUUCCACUUGGGCAUGUUCGAGAUUGGCAAACCCCUUGGCAAGGGCAAGUUUGGACGAGUCUACCUCGUCAAGGAGCGCACGAGCGGCUUCAUCUGCGCGCUGAAGGUGCUCUACAAGUCAGAAUUGCAACAGGGCUCCGGGGUCGAGAAGCAGGUCCGUCGUGAGAUCGAGAUCCAGAGCAACCUGCGCCAUCCCAACAUCCUGCGGCUAUUCGGCCACUUCCACGAUCCGAAGCGAAUCUUCUUGAUCCUCGAGUUCGCCGGCCAGGGCGAGCUGUACAAGCUGCUCCGAAAAGAGAGCCGGUUCCCUGAAUGGAAGGCUGCACAGUACGUGGCCCAGAUGGCCUCGGCGCUGAAAUACCUACACCGCAAGCAUGUAAUCCACCGGGAUAUCAAGCCCGAGAACAUCCUCGUCGGCGUCCAUGAUGAGAUCAAGCUGUCCGACUUUGGCUGGAGUGUCCAUGCGCCCAACCGCCGCAGAGCUACGCUUUGUGGGACCUUGGAUUAUCUCCCUCCAGAGAUGAUUAAGUCAGGGAGCAAGGACAACUCGUACGAUGAGAAGGUCGAUCUUUGGAGUCUGGGCGUGCUGACGUACGAAUUCCUCGUCGGCGAGGCGCCUUUUGAGGAUACACCGGUAAUGACACAGCGGCGGAUCGCACGGGCCGACAUGAGCAUCCCCUCAUUUGUGAGCCCAGAGGCUAGGGACCUCAUCAAAAAGCUGCUUGUGUUGGACCCAGAAAAGAGACUUCCUCUGCAGGCUGUGCAAGAGCACCCGUGGAUCUUGAAGCACUGUGUGAAGGGGGAACGUGCUUCGAACCGUGAAAAGUCGAGGUGA